AUGACUAAUGAGGAGUUAACGUGCAAGUCUCGUCGUACCGUUCGUUAUCCUCGUCUCGACACUGCAUUAGCUCGAUGGGUUUCUUAUUGUGAAGAGACAGGGAUUCGUGUCACGGGGGAAUCCAUUCGUCUGAAAGCUGCAGCAUUUGCGAAAGUUUUAGAAAUUGAUACGCCCUUGACGUAUUCGAAUGGAUGGCUCUAUAAAUUUAAUGAACGUCAUGGAUUUGGAGGAUUUAAAGCUCAUAAAGGGCAUCAAACAUCAAGUGAAGAGGCAUUGAGUGAGUUACAAGCUCGAGUACAGGCUUUGGAAGCUCGAAAUGUGUUUACUAUGGAUGAAACGGGACUAUUUUAUACCAUGUUUCCCGAUCGGUCAGGAACACGAUCAAGCAAAAGAGUCACGAUUGUCUUGAGUUGCAAUGCCGACGGAUCAGAAAAAUUACCACUUUUGGUGAUUGGAAAAGCCGAGAAACCACGCUGUUUUACCGCUUCGACGGCAGUGGAAAUGAAUUAUCAGCGUAAGAUUGUUCUGCUUCUUGAUAAUGCAGCAGUUCAUGCUGGAUUCAAUGCGGAGGAGUUGAAAAGUAUCGAGGUCGUGUUUCUUCCAUCGAACCAUUUACAUCCGUUGACUGCUGGAAUUUUGACUGCUUUUAAACGACGCUACAGACAACGACAGAUUCAGUAUGUACUGGAUCAUUUGGAUGCUGAUGCUGAUAUUAGCACUGCUGCCAAGUUUGACAGUGUUGGUGUGAAACAAGCAUUGACUUGGUGUAUCGCUUGUUGGGAUGCAGUGCCGUCUUCGGUCAUUACAAGCUGCUGGCAAGACACGGGGUUGCUAUAUCCAAAGAGUCCUGGUUAUGCCAACGAAUGCCGUGGAGAGGAGGACGCAAUAUCGGAAGAACUGACGGUGAUGCUAUCCUGGUUGCAUGCGGCGGAACCGCUUACAGUGGAGGAACUACUCAAUUUGCCAGAAGAGAGUGUGAUCAUGGACGAGCCUACGGACGAGGACUUUUGUGCCCCUGUGGAUUCUGUGAAAGUUGUGGUUCAGCAGGCAAAAAGCAAAACUGCGGAUGCGGACGACGGCUUGAGCGUUCAAGAGCUGAAGGAACGUCUCAAGUGGAUCGCCAAGCUUCUAAUCUAUGCCGAUGAGAAGGAAGUUCCAGCUGAAUCCAUGAGCGGUAUGCGCAUUCUGCAGCGCGAUUUCCGAGAUCAACUUAACAAGAAGCAGUCCGGUUCUAGGUAG